GCCUCUCUCCGGACUUUCCUUUCACUCCUCUGUCUCUCCUCGGCGCUGCUCUCCCCCUGCCCCCGUACCCUUCUCGCCGCGUCGGGCUCCGCGGGGCAGCCUGGGGCAAGGCGGGCGGGAUGGGGCUAUGAGCCGGGCGGUGGUGGCGGAGAGCAGAGCAGCAGCAGCAGCCGCCGCCGCCGCAGCCGGAGCCUCCGCCGCGGCGUAGGGCUCCUUCCCCGGGCAGGACCAGGGCUCUCCCCCUGUGCCCGGCGGCUCCCCGGGAUACGGGGGGAGCCCCGGCACCGGUGCGAGGGGUGUCUCCCCCGGAGCCAGGGGAGCGGGGUGGCGGCUGGCGAGCAGGGGGUUCGCCCCCCCCAUGUGUGACAUGAUCGACUCGCAGUCCGCCGAGAAGAUCAGCAGGAUGAAAAAGUUGCGGAGAACUUUAUCGGAGAGCUUCGGCCGAAUAGCCUUGAAGAAAGAAGAUAGCAGCUUUGAUGAGAUAUGUGUCACAAAGAUGUCUACACGGAACUGCCAGGGAAUGGAUUCAGUGAUCAAACCUCUGGAUACAAUUCCUGAAGAUAAAAAGGUCCGGGUUCAGAGAACACAAAGUAGUUUUGAUCCAUUUGAGAAACCAGCUAAUCAAGUGAAGAGGGUUCAUUCGGAGAACAACGCUUGCAUUAACUUCAAAACCUCAUCUACAGGAAAGGAGUCACCUAAAGUCAGGCGGCAUUCCAGCCCCAGCUCUCCCACAAGCCCCAAGUUUGGAAAAGCAGACUCAUAUGAAAAACUGGAAAAACUAGGGGAAGGAUCCUAUGCUACAGUGUACAAAGGGAAAAGCAAGGUAAAUGGAAAACUGGUGGCAUUGAAGGUGAUUCGAUUACAAGAAGAGGAAGGAACCCCAUUUACUGCUAUCAGGGAAGCUUCUCUUUUGAAAGGAUUGAAACAUGCGAAUAUUGUGCUGCUUCAUGACAUCAUUCACACAAAGGAGACCUUGACACUUGUGUUUGAAUAUGUGCACACUGAUUUAUGUCAGUACAUGGACAAACACCCUGGAGGGCUUCAUCCAGAAAAUGUGAAGUUAUUUUUAUUUCAGUUGCUGCGAGGACUCUCUUACAUCCACCAGCGUUACAUUUUGCACAGGGACCUGAAACCACAGAAUCUUCUGAUCAGUGACACGGGGGAGUUAAAGCUGGCAGACUUUGGUCUUGCAAGAGCUAAAUCAGUUCCCAGCCAUACAUAUUCUAAUGAAGUGGUAACCCUAUGGUACAGGCCUCCAGAUGUCCUUCUGGGAUCAACAGAAUAUUCCACCUGCCUUGACAUGUGGGGAGUGGGUUGUAUCUUUGUAGAAAUGAUUCAAGGGGUCGCUGCUUUUCCAGGAAUGAAAGACAUUCAAGAUCAACUUGAAAGGAUAUUUCUGGUACUUGGAACACCAAAUGAAGAUACGUGGCCUGGAGUCCACUCUUUACCCCAUUUCAAACCAGAACGGUUUACACAGUACAGCCCUAAAAACCUUAGACAAGCAUGGAAUAAGCUGAGCUAUGUGAAUCACGCAGAAGAUCUAGCCUCCAAACUACUCCAGUGUUUCCCAAAGAACAGAUUGUCAGCACAGGCAGCCCUGAGCCAUGAGUAUUUCAGUGAUCUGCCUCCACGGCUAUGGGAGUUAACUGAUAUGUCUUCUAUUUUUAGUGUUCCGAAUGUAAGAUUACAGCCAGAGACUGGAGAAAGCAUGAGAGCCUUUGGAAAAAACAAUAGUUACAGCAAAAGUGUAUCAAACAGCAAACAUUGAAGAAUACCUGUAUUCACAACUGAUAAUGCAGGAUUAAAUUUACCAGUUUGGAGGAGGGAAACAAAAACCUAAUGAGGAGGCCAACACCAGGAAGGAACCAUGGCCUGUUUCCUUUCUUUCUCUAUGGUGGAUUUCAUUCAAAAGAAAAUUGAAGCUGGCAAGACCUUGGUUUUUUCCCUGCAAUUUAUUUAAAACCUUGCACGCAUUUGGAUACCUUGUGAUUUCAAAGAACUAUGUGAAGAUUCAGCUUUUGCUUACUGAUACAUGGCAUGUACUCUUUCAGUCUUUUGUGUUUGAUUUUGUUUGAUUUUCCACUGCAGCUCUGCAUCUUUGUAAGGAUUUUUAUGCUUUCACCAGCAAUGUCUUAAAUACAUUAAGACAACACAUUUGGUGUUCACACUUCCUCAGUAAUGACUGUACAAGAAAAGCCAGUGGUGGCAUAAAGGACUGUGUGUUUUCUUUGGGAGUUGCAACCAAUGGGAAGACUAUUUCUGCCAGAGCAAGCCCAACUUGUCUGAUCAGCUGACAAUUACAGCACUUUGCGACUGUUCCUGAAGUGUUGUUGGGUUAUUUCUUUUUUCAUUAUCUCCUCAGACCAUUCAUAUCCAUUUAAAAAACAUGGCAAUAAUUGCAUGUUUACUGCAGUACUCUGAAUUUGGUUACUCUGCUUAGGCUAUGUAGCAUGCCAGUUUUCAAAAUAGGCCUGUGAGAAGGACAAAGCAAAAAUGAUGACAUGUACGCAGCUGACAGAUAUACAAUGAACUCUUAAUGAUUUUAUUUCCUUCAAGAAUAUUUCUUUCUUUUAUGGGUCUUGGCUAACAUCUCUGUGUUUUUCCUCACACUGUUUACCUUUUGGAAUGUUUUCUUGAAAGCGGAGAUGAUGAAACUGUUCUGUUUAAUUCAAGGCAGAUACUAAGGUACAGAAAGACUUUUGUUGAAUGAGCCAUUAAAUCUAGCUGUGUUACUUUGCCACAUGCAAAGCAAAAUGGAGGAUUUUCCUUUCCCAAACUGUUUGCUGUUCCACACCAAAGCACUGUUCAAGUUAUUUUCCAUAGGUAUUCUGAGAUGAUUGGAAGGCAGUACCAGCUACUGUUGUUAGAUAGCUUUUCUGAAUGAAUCAUUCAAAUGCAAACUUUGCAAGAAAUAUAAGUUGUGUGAUUUUAGAAAAGGAAGCCCCUGCUACAGUUUGGCUGGGGAGAACAUUGUGUUCAGGGGUGUGAUAAAAUUGCCCUGACCAUGUACAAUGCUUUGCAUUCAGAGAGGGCAGGGUAUGGUGCAAAACCCACUGUUGAAUUAUAGUCCUGCUUGGACAGAAACGCUUGCUAGGCAAUAUUAUUCUACACAUAAAUUUGACAUCCUUUGCUUGCUGGAUGCAUUGAAUUACAUUUUUAAGAAGUGUGGUAACACUUUGGUUAGCUUUCAGUGUUUAAAAUGAAGGGGAAAGGAUUUGUGCUACUGCCAUCUUAUUAAACUCCAGCAGUGUUUAAUAAGAAAAAAAACACCCAAUAAGGCAAAUCCUUGAAUGCACAAGUAGCUUCCAAAAGGCCUCUUAAUGAACUAGGAUACAAGGCUACACUUUCAAAGACCUGAACCAUGGAAAUAUGCUCAAUACUUGCACAGCCAUUGAAAGACAGUUUUCCCCAAUGACAUCUCUGUUUCAGGAUCUGGUAAAAGCCAUCUGAAAGCCACUUUCAGUCACAGUCCUGUUUAGAACUUACUGCAGUUCUUCCCCUGUGUUUAUGAGGGGGAAAAAGUGACCACUGAACUCUUGAAUUUAUCACACACUGAAACUGCCUUAGACGUGGUUUGUUUGGGUUUCAUGUUUCUUUUUUUUGUAAGAGAAAAGUCUUUUAUACAUUAUCUUUGCUACUUAAAUCGUGUGCAGUUUGAUGAUUAAAAUUAGCUAUUUUUAGAAAAAAAAUCUUGCAAAAACCUGAAGAAUUUUUGAAAAUGUAACAAAGAUUACAAUUAAGAAUAUAAAGGUAGUUUCAUAGAUGCUUCUACUUUGCAGCUUAAAUUGUGAGGCAAAGAACUGCGCUGCUCAACUAAACAUCUGAAGGUUUAAUAUAGAGAGUAAUUCCCCAACUGCUCCCACGAGGCUAGCACAUUACUAUCCAUAGUGACUCAUGUACAGUGUUUGCCUAAGGUAUGUAUGUGUGUGUGUAUGUAUGUGUAUGCACACAUGCAUGUGAGAUUAUCUUCUCUGCCCCAUUCCCACUUCUAUGCAACCACAGAAAUAGUUGGUCCAAAAACUCUUCAAACUCAGUUGCUUAAAAAAAGUGUAUAAAUAUGUACGUUCCUAAAUAGUAACUUGAUUCUCAGCAGUAGUGAGGUUAUCUCAGCUAUCAUUCAGUUAAGGAGUGACCAGGAUCUCCUUUUUAUAAACCUUGUUCACAGGCAUCCUGACUGCUUGCGGUGUGCUUGUGGGUUUGCUGCUCUCCCAUGGAGGCUCUGGCCCCUGGGGAUGUUCUCCUGGCUCCAAGGGGACCCAGGUUCAGCAAGCUGGUGCCAUUCACAUGAGCACUGCAAAUUGUUCUGGAACAUCAACUCUGCUGGGAAAUAUCAAGGUUUUUUGAGAAAGUAGAAGGCCCUUUGUCCAGGGAACUGACAGUACAGCCUUAUUUCCCUCUUCCUCCUGUCAGCAGAGCCCUUACCUGCAUGGUUAGCCUGAUUGAAACCCAUCAGUUAGGACCCCCUGACAGGUAGCACACCAUCUCCAGCUCUUGCACAAAGUGGGGUUUUCACCAUAGCUCUUCUCAGUGUUGCAGAAUGGACUGUUUAAACUCCAUCAAUGCUCUUGAGACAUCUUCAGAAAAUAUCAGUAGUGUUACCCUCUUUUUCUCUCAUCCUUCCGAAAUCAGGGGAGAGCAGCCACAGGGCUGCAAGUGUAGUAGGAGAUGAAAGUGGGAAGGCAUGUUCAAACACUGCAUAAGCCCUAAUAUUAAGUGAAUGGGGAAGGGAAGAUGGUGAUAGAGAUGGUCUGCAUGACAUAGAGAUUCCUUGCAAGGUCAUAUUCACAGAACCUGACUUAACAAGUCAACCAGUUGGAGAUGGCUUAGUCCUCUCUCCUGCUGGGUUCAGACCAGCUUUAAUCCACGCCCAGCAGGCACCACACCAGUCAGGGCACUCAAAUAAUGCCAACAUGUUACUGUAUGGUAUCCUGGAUAGGUUGGGUCCUUCUCACUACUGUUUUCAAUCAGAACCAUUGUUUAGGGCAAGUUGUCAGUACAUGCAACACUGAAGAUUCAAUCUGCAGCAGACAGAGGCACUGGGGUUCUGCACUUCAGACUGCUGAUUACAGAAGGUAGGAUGAAAAUUCCCUGUGGGCCAGUAAGUGAUUAUGGGCCUUGUGUGCUCUGGGUCAAUGCACACAACUGACUGUGUAGUCAAUGCUCUGAUAUGCUCAUAUACAAAAUAUUCAUAUGUGAAUAUUAUUGGGUUUGUAAUCUUUGUUAUAUAAAACAUUUAGGCUGUACAGACUGGGGAGCAAAAUGCAGACACCCCAUAUAAACAGUUAUGUUGCAUUACUGAGCAUAACAUUACUCUCCCCUACCAGCAUUUAGGUGGAGUGACUGUAUGCUACUGCCUUGCAUUUUUUCACAUAAGCAAAAAAUCUAAAAGUAAAGGAUGCACUAAUAACUCCCAUCCCCCAAAAUGCAUUUCAAUGGUGCUGCAUACAAAAUCCCUGCUUGCCAGCUUCCACAUGGAUUUUUGUAUGGUGCACUAAGAGGUAUUCUUUUUUAACAAAUAAAAAGGGGAGAGCUGGUACGUGAAAACAAUGUUAAUGUAAUUAAACAUAUAUAUAUAUAUACUUCAGAAGAACAGCAUAGUAAGCAGUACAGUAAAAUAAGUGUCGCAUUAUUUGUUACACCUUGUAAUUUGUCUGUAUUAUGAAAGAUGUAAUGGUUUGUCAGCUGUAACUGUUGUUUUCUUGUAACAUCAUAUUGAAUAAAGUGUAGCAGAAUCUCUUUUCUCCUGCAUAUAUAUGAUGUACACCUGACCCAGGGAAUAAAGCCUUUCUGUUA